AAUAAAGCCCAAUGGCAGCUGAGGGAACCCGGGUCGGCAAGUGACAGAGUAAAGUCGGCGCUGAAUGAAGUCCAUGUGAAUGUAGGGCGGGGUGAGCGGCGCUGCUGAUGUCAGAGCUUCCCCACGUUGUGAGUCCCGAGUAGGGAGACGGUACAGGCUACAGGGUCCCUGUCAUGGGUUCGAACGUAGAAUCGCGACGGACAGGGGGUGGCUGAAGUUUGGGCGCUGUUAUCACUGAGGGAGGAUGAGGGACAACGAGAGUGACUUAUGUGAGUCUAAUUGCCACUUAAACUCCGGGGAGAGUCCGGCCGUGAGCGCUGUGAUGUUCUCUGCCGGGGUGCUGGGCAACCUGCUCGCUCUGGUGCUGCUGGAGAAUCGCAGGAGGGCCGUGCGGGGCACAAUGUCUCUCUUCCACAUCCUGGUCACUGGCCUCGUCAUCACUGACCUGAUGGGCACCUGUAUGAUUAGCCCUGUGGUGUUGGCUUCUUAUUCCAGCAACUUGACUCUCAUUGCUUUGGGGGGCAGUGACAAUCGCAUUGUCUGCUACUAUUUCGCCUUUGCCAUGACUUUCUUCAGCCUGGCUACUAUGCUGGUGCUGUUUGCUAUGGCGCUGGAGCGGGCGAUGGCCAUUGGACACCCUUACGUCUAUGAGAAGUUCAUCAGCAAGCGCUGCGGCCUGGUUACCUUCCCUGUCAUCUACUCCUUCUGCAUCUUCUUCUGCCUCUUCCCAGCCAUGGGGGUCGGGGAAUACAUCCAGUACUGCCCUGGCACCUGGUGCUUCAUCAACAUGAGAGGCCAGCACAUAAACGGCUCCACCAGCAACGUCUACUCCACUUUGUAUGCCACCCUCCUGCUCAUACUCAUCAUUGCCGUUCUGACCUGCAACUUCAUCGUCAUCGUCAGCCUAGUGAGGAUGCACAAGCGCCAGAAAGCCCGGAGACUUGUCACCAAGCGAGAGCGAAUGUCCAUGUCUGAGGAGAUCGACCAUCUUAUUCUUCUCUCCCUGAUGACUAUCAUCUUCUUUAUCUGCUCAGUGCCCUUCACAGCCCAGGUAUACAUGAAUAGGUUCUCUCCGGAUCGCCGGAAUGACAAGAGGGACCUUCAAGCUCUUAGAUUUAUCUCCGUCAAUUCAAUUAUUGAUCCCUGGGUCUUCACCGUCUUAAGGCCAUCUGUUCUUAGGCUAAUACGUUAUGUUUUGUGUUGUCAGAAGCCAUUUAAAAUGAAAGAAAUUGCCAAGUCUCCAUCUUUGACCAGUCGGCUAUCAAAUACUAAAUUGACCAAUGUGGACAAAAAAUAUGAAAGUUCUCAGAAGAGUCAACCUGACGACCAUGAUAAAAUACCUCCUGGAGAGAACACUUAAGGGCGAAACAUUGUCCAACUGGAUUUAUUACCACAAUGAUUAAAUGUGGCUGUUUGGUUCUAGUUUCAGGCAAGGCAAAUGUAAAAGAGCAGAUGGACUGUCUUAGAUUUUGAGACCACUAAAAUGAAGCUAUUGUUACUGUUUGUAUCAUUCAACGGUGUCAAUAUUUAUAUGUUUUGUAUAAGUUCCAGUAAUCAAGGGCCACGUAAAGACCUUAUUUUACUGAUAUUUUUGCUAGAACUUUGCAAUAUUAUUGGAACUGCUCUUGCUGAUUGCAUCGUAGACAUACCCACAGUAUCAAGCCUUGCACCAUUUUCCAGGAACCACUAAUGGUUCACUUAUUCAUUUCUCAAAGAGAGAUAUAUUUACUUUAAAACAAGUUAUUGCUUUUUUUUUUAGGGAAAAGAGGUAGGCAGUGUUGCUUCCAGAAAAUCUGAUAUACAUUGUUAAAGGAGAAGGAAAGGUAUCCAGAAUAGAUAGGUCCUAUGCUUCCCUCCUAAAACUCCAUAUUGUUUUUUUUUGUAAGUACUUAUUCAUAAGCAAGAAAUUCACAACAUUACUAUACUAGUAUAUUGAAGCCGUCCUUAUUCCUGCAUGUGAUGUCACUUCCCCUGGGAACCAAAAUCAAAUGCUAUCCUUUACAGACGGAUAGACAAGCAGACGUGAACGCUUAUAUCGUUUUAAAUCAGUGUAGAUUCGUUUGCAUCGGAAAAAGAUCAACACUAUUCCUUAGCAAUUUUUAAAAAAAAUCAAAUGUAGACUUCCCAUACCUGUGUGUGUGUGUGUGUGUAUAUAUAUAUAUAUAUAUAUAUAUAUAUAUAUAUAUAUAUAUACACACUUUCUCCAAUGAGUAUCCGCACUCCAAGGCUGCUAUUGAUGGCGGGGUGCACGGUGAUUAUAUGUAUACGUGUAUAUCAAUUAGCAAUGGACCAGCACUCCCUUUUCUUAAAACAUAAUAUUCUUUAUUGUGGUAUCAAACCGACGUUUCGGUCCACCUUAGGACCUUUUUCAAGGAUGAUACAAAAAACUUUCUAAAAACACAUUAAAUAAAAAAAGUGCUCAAUUGCAAACCAAUCAGUGCCCUCUUUCAAUCAACAUUUCAAUGUGAAUCAAGUGUUACAAUUAAAAGUCAAGUAAAUCAUGUGUUACAAUUAAAUAUCGAGUGUAUGUAUAUAUAUAUAAAAAAACAAUUACAUCUCCAUUGUAUAUGUAUUUCAAUCGUGCAUAAGUGCAUAUCUUUGUAUUUCCACUAUUUUCGGAAAGAUUUGUCUGAAUACAUAUGCAAAUUAGGGGUGCGAAAGGGAAAACAUUUUUUACUCCCUUCUUUUGUGACAAAAAGUCACGCGAUUUCCCUCCCCACCUCUAAUUUGCAUAUGCAAAUUAGGAUUUGGUUCGGCCGGGCAGAAAGAUUUGGCCAAAUCCUGCUGAAUCCCGGACCAAAUCCUGGAUGCGGUGCAUCCCUAAUAUUUGUAAACUCCAUGGUAUGACAUUAAGCAUACUCACAGACAAUUUGUAUAUUAUACACAAACAUGAAAUCCAGUUGGCCUUAAUGUAAAAGUAUACAUAUUUGAUUUACUGGCAACGACUAAAACCUGUGUAUUUCCUGAAAAUGAACCCAUUAAAGAUAUGUUGUUACAUUGGUUAAGUUAGGUUACACCAUUCACAUAUGCCUUUCUCUAUAGGAGGAGAUAUCUGUAUUGGUGUGGUAAAAAGGGUAAAGGCAACCUUAGUACAUGGCAGCUCAGAAACCAGUGCAAUUAGCAAAAUCAGAAUUUAAUAAUCAGCCUUAUAGCAUCAUCUUAUAUUACAGACCAACCUCAUUUUCUGCUGGGUAAUUAGUGAUGAGCCCUAAGCUUAGCUUCUCAACAGCUGCUCAGAGACCACUGAGCAUGUGAGUGUCACAGACACUUUCCAAGAUGGUGACCCCCUGUGACAAGUUUGAAGUCCUGGAUCAUUGCUGCUAUUGACAAGCUGAAAUUUUAGGCUGGUACAAUAUUUUUUUUAGGGUUUAGUUCUCUUUUAGUAUGUUAUAGAAUUGCUAUUUUUAAGCAACUUUUUAAUUAGCCCUCAUUUUUUAUAGUUUUUUUUUUUAUAGUUUUUUUCAUUAUUUGUCUUCUGACUCUUUUACACCAUCUAAAAACCAAAUACUCUGUAAGGCUACACAUUUAUUGUUAUUGCUAUUUUUUAUUACUCAUCUUUUCAUUCAAACCCUCUCCUAUUCAUAUUUAAAUCUCUUAUAUAAAUUAAAGCAUGGUUGCUAGGGUAACUUGGACCCUAACAAUUAGAUUGCUGAAACUGCAAACUGGAGAGCUGCUGAAUAAGCUAUAAAACUAAAAUAAAACCAAGUACAAUUUGUAUCAGAAUAUCACAAUCUACAUCAUACUAAAUCAUACUCUUUUCUUUGUGCACUUUGCACAUUGGGAAAAUGGGCCCUCAUAUGCAUAAUGGGGGAAAAAAAUCCCAAAUAACAAAUUGAGUUGGUUUUAGGGAUGGGCAAAUUUGAGCCGCUUCAUCCCGCCAAAGUCUAUGAGCGUAAAAAAACAACAACUUUUUUUGACGUACGCUGACAUACAAGUCUACGGGCGUAAUUUCCACGCCGAAACAAGGCGAAAAAAUUCGCCCAUCCCUAGUUGGUUUAUAUAACAAUAUAUUGUACCUGAAUUUCUCCAUCUUAUGAUCUAUAUUAUUCAUUCCAUAUGUUUCCAUAGUCAAAGAAGUAGAUAUUGCUAAAACAAGAGGUUUUCAUGAGUAGCAGAACAGACAGUAGAGUUCUACCUCCUUUAGCUCCCAAAAAACUGAAGGCUUUCCUUUGUUACGGGUGGUCAGUAUACCUGUAGAACCAUUUCAGAACAUUUCCAAAUGUUUGGUGCUUACACUUAUUUAUUCACCCCCUCCACAUACACAAUUAUGUGCUAUAUAUAAAUAUAAUACUAUGUUUGUAUGUAUAGUUCCAUUGUAUGAUGGACUCCCAAGCUGUUGCAUGAGUCAGCCAGUCAAAAGACACUAAAUAAGAACAAUUCCAUUUUAAUUUAGUAUUACUGCAUGAAUGGCCUUCAUUAUAUAACGAAAAUGAACAGGAGAUUUUUUUUUUAUAAUCAAAAGUAAUACAUCAACUUUCAUGUGAAAUCUUUUAUCAGUUCUAUGUAUAUUAAACGUGUUAUUUAAGUUUGAUUUUAUAAGUGUUGUGUUUUGUAAUAAAAAUUGUUAAACUUAAAAA